AUUAUAAGUUAAAGCAUUAGCUUUUUAAUCGCAGCAAUUUACUUUUAACGGACCAGAGUUAACAACUUCGGUCACUUGGAUGAAGCAGAUUUGACUGUGUGUGAAAGCGUACAAAAUAGACGAACGCAGAGCUUUUGAAAUGGGCGAAUUAUACUAGCUUACACGUGGAGACUAUGAACACCCCAAAUAGACUUUUCGAAUUAAUAAUUGCUAACCACAUUUCUUAAGUUUCCCUUAUAUAACUACUAUAGACUUGGAGUUUUUCAUCACACCUUGCAAAUUCAGUUUUGGUUUUAGAAGAAAAAAUGGAGCUUAAUCGUAGGCCAACUCUUCAAUCCAUAUUCUUCAUUACUGCAAUAUGCAUUUUCUUGGGUCCGCUGGAAAUAACAGUUUCAGCAGAAAGAGCAACUUAUAUUGUCCAUAUGGACAAGUCUUUCAAGCCCAGAUCAUCAUCUACCCAUAAACACUGGUACUCCUCCAUUGUCAACAAUCUCAACACCGACAUUCACUCCUCAUUCCAUGAACAGAAAUCAUUCACCACUCCAUCACUGCUUUACACCUAUGACAAUGCUAUUCAUGGCUUCAGUGCGAGUCUCUCUCCACAAGAAUUGGAGAAUUUAAAGAAAUCCCCUGGCUUUGUCUCAGCUUACAUUGACAAGACAGUCACCGUUGACACCACUCACACCACAGACUUCCUCUCCCUCAACCCCUCCACUGGUCUGUGGCCUGCUUCCAAAUAUGGUGAAGAUGUCAUCAUUGGUGUCGUCGAUUCAGGGGUCUGGCCAGAGAGUGACAGCUUCAAAGACCAUGGCUUGAGUGCUAAUAUCCCAGCCAAGUGGAAGGGAAAUUGCGAGGAAGGACAAGAUUUCAACUCCUCAUUGUGUAACGUCAAGCUCAUAGGUGCUAGAUACUUCAACAAAGGUGUGAUUGCUGCCAAUCCUAAUAUCACCGUCACUAUGAACUCUGCCAGGGACACAGUGGGCCAUGGUACUCACACAUCAUCCACAGCUGCUGGCAACUACGUUGAGGAUGUUUCUUACUUUGGCUAUGCAAGAGGGACGGCCAGAGGUGUGGCUCCACGCUCGAGAGUGGCCAUGUACAAGGUCUUAUGGGAUGAAGGGCGCUAUGCCUCUGAUGUUCUGGCUGGCAUCGACCAAGCUAUUGCUGAUGGGGUGGAUGUCAUUUCUAUCUCAAUGGGUUUCGAUGGUGUACCUCUGUAUAAGGAUCCAAUAGCAAUAGCUUCUUUUGCUGCAAUGGAGAAGGGUGUGGUGUUUUCUUCGUCAGCUGGAAAUGCAGGUCCAGAGCUUGGGACCCUGCAUAAUGGAAUCCCUUGGGUGUUGACUGUUGCAGCAGGGACAAUAGACCGUUCGUUUGGGGGGACACUGACCUUUGGAAAUGGACAAAUCCUUGCAGGGUGGACGUUGUUCCCAGCAAAUUCCAUAGUGGAGAACAUCCCAUUAAUAUAUAACAAAACCUUCUCGGCAUGUAACUCAUCAAAGUUGUUAUUUGAUUCUUCUCCUGAAGGGAUCAUCAUCUGCGAUGAAACAUGGCCUGUGCGUGAUCAAAUGAGACACCUCACUGAAGCACAGUUGAUCGGUGCCAUAUUCAUCUCAAACUCUACUAUAAUAUAUGAAUUAGGACAGGUUACAUUCCCCGGCGUUAUGAUUAGCCCCAAAGAUGGAUACUCUGUGAUCAAAUAUGCAGAAAGUAGUGAGAAUCCCACAGUGAGCAUCAAGUUCCAACAGACUUUUUUGGGAACAAAGCCUGCACCAUUAGCCGCUGUAUACACUUCAAGAGGUCCUUCAACAAGUUACCCAAACAUCUUGAAGCCGGACAUAAUGGCACCUGGGAGUCGAGUUUUGGCUGCCUAUAUUCCAAAUCGUCCAUCUGGAGUAAUUGGGUCAAAUGUGUUUUUGCCUAGUAACUACAAUAUAUUAUCAGGGACAUCAAUGUCUUGUCCACAUAUUUCUGGUGUUGCAGCAUUAUUGAAAGGAGCACACCCAGAAUGGAGUCCAGCUGCAAUUAGAUCUGCCAUGAUGACCACAGCCAACCCAUUAGAUAAUACUCAGAACCCAAUUCGUGACAAUGGCAAUCAUUUGGAAUUUGCUUCACCUUUAGCUAUUGGUUCGGGUCAGGUGGAUCCAAACAGAGCACUUGACCCAGGUCUCAUAUACGAUUCAACCCCACAAGACUAUGUCAAUCUACUUUGUGCAUUGAAUUUCACCAAGAAACAAAUCUUAGCCAUCACUAGAUCACAAGCCUAUAACUUGUCCAAUCCAUCUUCUGAUCUGAACUACCCAUCCUUCAUAGCCUUGUAUGACAAGCGAACUACGUCAAGGAUUGAGAAGUUUGAAAGAAUUGUGACAAAUGUGGGAGAUGGUGUGGCAAAGUACAAGGUUUCAGUGACAGCUCCAUAUGGUUCUGAAGUUACUGUCUUUCCAGAGACAUUGGUGUUUGGGAACAAGUAUGAGAAGCAGAGCUACUCUCUUACCUUGAAGUAUGGAAGGGAUAAGAGAGGAAAAGUAUCAUUUGGUGAAAUUGUUUGGAUCGAAGAAAGUGGAAAGCAUACAGUGAGGAGUCCAAUUGUGGUAUCACCUACAAUUUGAUUUCACUAGACUGGUGUAUUUGCGAUUUGCAUUAAGUUUAUCAGUAAUAAAAUUAUUAAAUAUAAUGCUUUUAAUUUUAAUUUUUA